AUGUCAUCUCAUCACUCUCUCUUGGGAACGAAACCCCUUGAACCUAUCUCCACUCUUGCGCCAUUUUCUGGUCUUCUCAUUUCAAUCAUUCUGAUCUUAUUUUUUCUGAUUCGCUUCUACUGUCUCGAGAAACUCCUACCUUGGAUAUACGGUGACCUUUAUGCGAACCUAUCGGAAACAAAUCGUCGAGGAUUUAUCAACCACCAUAUCGCAGGUCCUACAAAAAUCCUCAUAUUGAUUAUUGCGGCAUACCCUUUUAUUAGCGUCACAUUUUGCCACUCUACAUUCCAUACGCCGUUUGCGCCUGGAUCUACUGUCAAAAUGGGAGAUAUUCUUAUAAUUGUGGCACAGAUGUUGAUCGCCAUGUACAUAUUCGAGCUAUUGUAUCGGGUGAAACUCUCUCCCGUUGCGGUUUUGCAUCACACUGGGACUAUUAUCAUCGGGCAGUCAGCUAUUGCGAUUAGCUUGAAGUUGAAAAGAGAGCCAGAUGCUGAUAUUGAGUUCAUUCUCUGCACUGUUUGGGGCGCCUUUGACAUCGUAUCUGAGUUCUUUCCACAUGUUGCCAUAAUUCUAUACCGAGUCUAUCCGAGUAGACACGAGUUUCUCAGUCGAGUCUUCCUACUGUCGUGCGCCAUUACUGCGACGGGUACAUUCUGCGAGACUCUCGUUACAAUGUGGCUCUUUGGGAGUCUAUGGGAUCGCUGGCAGCUAGCUUUUAAGAUAACAACUCCCUUGCUGCAUAUUGCAUUUUCUGCAGCCCAAAUACAUGGAAGUCUGGUGUUUUGGCGUAUGUAUAGGAAGCAGCUGCAGAGAAGGGAGGGGAAUGGCUUUCUGGAUUUAGAAGAGAGCUCCCAGAGCUCCCGGAUCCCAAAGUCCGAAACUCCUCAAAUACCAUCAAUGGUAUUCUUCUCUUCCUAG